AUGUCACAAUCAGGACCAAGUAUCAAGCGAUCUGCAGAGGAGAUCUCUGCAGACGAGGAGGUGCUUGUCAAGCGCGCUAAGUUGGAUGAAUCUUCUUCAUUGACAUUGGAAAUACCAACUACCAAAAAUGAUUCUGUUCCUUCACCUUCAGAGAUUGUUUCGACUAUAUCCAAUCCAACAACUACUACAAUUGUAACCACCCCUAACUCCACUCCUGCACCAUUACCCAUCAUCACAUCGACAUCUACCUCUACCUCUAUUUCCACUUCCACCUCUACUUCAGCGGCCGCGCCUGCUUCUAGUUUUACAUCAGAUGAUCGAUCAGGUGGGAUCAACGCACACUUGAAUGCUUCUCACCGAACUUUACCUGAACCAAUAUCGAAAUUAGGCUUAAAACCAAUCAUACCAAUCCUCCCAUCAUCAUUAGAAUACAUAAUUGGGUCAAAAAUAGACUUGACGGAAAGAAAAGGUUUUGUAGGUGAGAAUGAAUGUGGUAUAAUUGGUUUCGUGGGUGUAGGAAAUAAAGGUAUAAAAGGUGUAAUCAAACAGCGGUUCACCGAUUUCUUGGUCAAUGAAGUAUCUCUUGAUGGAACUGUCCUUCACUUGAAAGAUAUUACGAAACCGAAGGAACCCGAAACGGAAAAAGCUAAAACAACCCAAUCAAAUAAGGACACAACAAUAGCGUCUGUCCCAGCGUCAACCUCUACUCCAACUUCAACCUCAACAGAAGAAAUCAAAAAUGGCGAUGAUUCGUCGUCAUCAUUGCCCGAGAAACUCCAAUUCAAAUCACAUCCUCAAUGGCCCACUUCAGCCACUCUGUCGCUCAAAUCUCAUUUGUCAGAUGAUACUAUAGUUUCACUGCAUGAUUUACUGGUGGAAGGUAGAGAGCCCCCACCCAAAUCUGACGGUGGAUGGGGAUCGCGUAAAGUGAAAUCUACAGAAACCGAAGAAGGUGCUUUGAAUGAAGAGGGUGCGGCGAACGCGAUUGGCAAUUCUACUGCGGGAAGUGGCGGAAGAGGUCAAGGUAGGGAUAGAGGUCGCGGAAGAGGUGGAAGGGGCGGCGCAAGAGGUGGAAGAAAUGGUAAUGGUGCUUCCGGUGGUUGGAAAGCUGAAGAUCACAGGGAAGUCCUAUCACAGCCCAUCACUUCAAAAGAUGCCCGAACAGCUGCACACAAAGUUCUGAGGGAAUGUUUCGGAACUACAUUCGAGUCGUCCACCAAGGAAGUGCCUGGUGAAGAAGGCUCAAGAUUGGUCAUCAAGUAUUCUCAAGCUGGCGGAAGAAGUGAUAAAGGCCAAUGGGGUCAACCUAGACCACCAAAACUACCUCAAUAUAUACAUUUCACACUACAUAAGUCGAAUCGAGAAACAAUGGAUGCUUUAUCUCAUCUGAGUAGAAUGUUCAGUGCUCAUCCUAAAGAUCUAUCAGUAUGCGGAACGAAAGAUAAAAGAGCAGUAACGGUUCAACGAGUAUGUUUGAAAAGGAAUGGUAAAACUCUAGGGGCAGUGUGGAAAGCUGCCAAUGGGAUAAAACAAGGCAGAAGAAAUGAAGAUCAAGCGAUCGAAGAUAGAGGUGAAAGAGGUGUUAGAAUUGGUGAUUUGGCUUACAGUGAUAAAUACUUAGAAUUGGGUAUGUUGAAAGGAAAUCAAUUUGUUAUCACCCUGAGAAACGUUCAAGAAGAAAACACAGCAGAGAUCGACAAGACUAUGACAUCAGUGAGAGAUCAUGGAUUCAUCAAUUUCUACGGAAUGCAAAGAUUCGGAACUUCUUCUUGGCCCACACAUUUGACUGGUCUACUGAUCCUGCAAUCGAAAUGGUCAGAAGCUAUUGAUUCCAUCUUGAGUCUGCGAGAAGGUGAACAUCCAGAUAGUAUAUCAGCCAGAUUGGCUUGGCUGGAAGAUGGAGAUUACAACAAAGCGUGGCAAUCGAUGCCAAGAAGAGGUGUGGCUGAAAGGUCUAUUUGGGAUUUCUGGAGGAAAGGCAACAGCAUGGCGGAUAAAAUGGGGGCUUUGAGUAGUAUCCCUAGAAAUUUACGAGUCAUGUAUGUUCACGCAUACCAAAGUUAUAUUUGGAAUCUCAUUGUCUCUGAGCGAAUCAAGAUGUCAGCGACUGAACCUUUAGUAGGCGAUCUGGUAUUUGUUGAUAAGGAUACUUUGGCAGAAGGAGAUGUUCCUAAACCCGAUACUGUUCCUGCUCACGCCAAAGACCGACAUGGCAGAAUAAUACGAAAAUGGGCUACGACAUCAUCACCCGAAGUAAAACAAUUAACCGAAGAAGACCUACCUAAUCAUACAAUAUUUGACGUUAUCAUGCCACUGCCAGGAUGGGACAUAGAUUAUCCCGGAGGUGUAAUAGGAACGAAAUACGAAGAGGCAUUAAAGAAAGAUGGAUUAGACAGUAGAAAGAUGAGACGGGAACAAAGAGAUUUCUCGUUGCCUGGAUCAUACAGGAGAAUAGUAAUCAGACCAAUCAAAUUAGAUUGGUCUCAUAUACAAUAUACAGAUCCGGAUUUAUCAUUAGUUCAAUCUGAUGAAGAUAAAAUCUUGAAUUUGAACCCACCUGUUGAAAAUAAUCCUCAAGGUAAAUUCCGAGCGCUGAAAAUCGAAUUGGAAUUAGGUUCAGCAACUUAUGCUACGAUGGUCUUGAGAGAAAUUACAAGGGAAGAAACUUCGACUUGGCAUCAAAUUGGCUUGACUAUGUCGGGUGAAGAUAAAGGGUUUAAAGGUUCAGGUGGUGGUAAAGAUGAUGAAGGAGAAGAGAAGGAUCAAGGAAAAGACGAUGAAGUAGAAGAAGAAGUUGAAGGUGAUAUCGAUAUGUAG